CAAGGCCCAACCCCAAACGCAGCAGCCAUCUCUUGUACACUGGUCAUUCAUUUCUCUUGCUCCUCCACGCGACGGUAACAGCCACAGCUCCGACGACAUUGCACCACUCAUCUCCAACGACUCACUAACUCUGAGCUCCGAAGAAUUCGCAUUUUCCAACACCAUACAGCCACCAUGGAUGUUGAUUCACAGCCAACUAUGGAAGAAACGAUUCUGGUGGGCGAUGACCUGAUGAUGGGUCCACCGUCACCUGUUGUGCCACCUGAAAUCGCAUCCCAUGUUCUCCGCGGUGUUGAUUUGUGUGAUGGAAUCCUCAAGAACCUGUUUUUGUGCUUGCAAAUCAAUGACAUUGAACCAUUCUGCCAGGAUGAGCUUGCUCUUUAUAAACAAUGUGCUGAAAGAAGGGACAAGGAGAUUAGGAAUCGUCUUCAAGAAAGUGAGCGGAAAUUGGGCUCAUCAAUGCCUUUCGAUGAAGCCAAGGAGAGAGUUACCCAGCUUGAGAAAGAAGUUACGUCAUUGGAUAGGCGCCUCAUUCUUGCUAGUGGAGUUGAAGGCAUGGAAGGUUUUCGCCAAAGAUGGAGUUUACAUGGCCGCUUAACUGAUACCAAGUAAUGUUUGUCAUCCAUUAUUGUUGUUUUGUCAAUUAUAGCUUGUUU